AUAGACCUCCUCCCGUUUGCCUUUGCCUUUGCCUUUACUCACGCCUUCUCGUGUCAUCAGUCGUGUUUGCGCCUGCCUGACCCGGCCAUUCCAUUCGUCAUUCGCCAUUCGUCAUUCGUCACUCGUCAUCGUCACCGGAGUCCACAUCUCGACGAGUCACGAGCCUGCCGGCCGAAAUUUCUGACCCGACAUCACAAUGCCCGCCAAGAUCUUCGCCUUCGCGGCCCCCAGCUUUUCUUUGGAAACUCCUCUCGCAUCCAAGAAAUCCAGCACUGUGGGACAGAGCCAUCCAUUGGCAGUGCGGAGGCCGAGUAUGGACCACAUCAAGCGCCCAAAUUUGCUCUUGUCAAAAAAGCAUUCUUCCGAAAAGAAGUCCAAAUCGAAAGAUCGAGCUUCGUCUAAGGACAAACACGCGAAAGAUGCAUCUCCUUCGCCCGCACCGAAGCCCAUCCAGCUCGGCAUGAUCAUGGAGUCGCCACCCGUCGUCAUGAUCGAUUCUCCCCAGCAAUCUUCUGGCGCUUUGAUCUCCGGACGUAUCCAAAUCACCCCAAUCCUCGAGGAAGCAACCCUGGCCAGCGUGACGUUGUUCCUGGAAUGCACGACAUCAACAAAGCGACCUGUGCAGGACAAGUGUCGCGACUGUUUGUCGAAAGUACGGGACCUCUACGAGUGGAACUUUCUCAGCAAGCCAAAGAAGUUCAGGAAAGCCGACGGCGUCCAUGAGAUUCCCUUCUCGCAACUCCUUCCCGGCCACCUCCCUGCCACCACACAUGGCACUAUCGGAAGCAUUGACUACCAGCUGCACAUGCGCGCCAAGUCUGUCGAUGGCCACGAGAUAGAGUUCCGGCGAGAGCUCGUCAUACAACGUGCUCUCCGACCGGGCAAUGAUAAGAACAGUGUGCGUGUAUUUCCACCUACAAACCUUACGCUUCAUGUCACCCUCCCGAAUAUCGUUCAUCCACUCGGCGAAUUUCCUGUGACCUGCCGCAUGGAAGGCAUCGUUUCCUCCAAGAAGCUAGACACUCAAACCAGGUGGAAGCUCAGAAAGCUCACUUGGCGAAUCGAAGAACACGAGGUCAGCGUGUCGCCUGCGUGCGCCGAUCAUGCGAGCAAAGUCGGUGGCGAAGGCAAAGGCGUCCAGCACGAAAGCACUCGCGAUGUCGGAAUGCAAGAACUGAAGGAGGGCUGGAAGACCGAUCUAAGUAACGAGCAGAUUGAAGGCGAGUUCAUGGCCAGUCUCAAUGCUGCCAUGAAACCCCAAUGCGAUAUGACCAGCGCCAAUGGCAUGAAGAUUAGCCAUAACUUGAUCCUGGAACUGGUGAUUGCAGAAGAAUGGGCUCCAAACAAGAAGCCGCAUCAAGCGACACCCACGGGUGCUGCCAGAGUUCUCCGCACACAGUUCGCUUUGAACGUCACUGAACGCUGUGGCAUGGGAAUUGCCUGGGACGACGAAAUGCCUCCACAAUACGACGACGUUCCGGCUAGUCCGCCGCAUUACCAGAACGAGCGCACGACCGUCCAGAUUAUCGACCGAGAUGAAAUCCACGGCGAUGUAGAACAUCUCUCCUUGGACGACGCUGCACCUCCUUAUGACUCUGGCUAUACUAGUUAUGCAUCCAGUUCCCACACCGCGAGCGGCAGAAACUCUAUGCAUCAAGAGUAGCUCCGUCCGGUCUCGCACAUGAAACGACCGAGGUCAACGGUCAACCACGAGCUUGCACCACUUGUUGAAUAGCGAAUCGCGAAUUCACCAUUUUCGACCACAUCACGCAGCAUUAGCGUACCAUCACACCGUCAAUGGCGUAGAUGACGGCUUUCACGGCCAAAAGCAUUCGAGUUUUCUUCAUUGAUUCUCAUUCCCUUUACGGCAUCAUUGGACAAACAGCACAGCGAAAAUUUUGGGUGGGCUGUGGAUUCCUGCUUUACGAAGAGAUACCCGAGCCAAAAUCGGUUCUAAUCAUUGGGGAGGCGGCACGAAAGGAAAGCAUUCAACUCUUAUUGAUUUAUAUAGCGAAGGCGCCAAAGGACCAACGGGAUAGAAAAGUUAGGCAUUCAUUCCAUCCACAGAAAGAACUUCACACAUUGCUCGAGAUAUUUGACGUUUCGGCAAAUUGAAAACCUUCUGCGACUC